AUGAGAACCCUCUGCAACGUAUGCGAAAACGCCGCUGCAAUUUUAUUCUGCGCCGCCGACGAAGCUGCUCUUUGCCGCUCUUGCGAUGACAAGACAAAGAGCAGCGUGAUCGGAACAAAUGAGCGAAGGAAUUUUAGUUUUGGAAUGAAAGCUAAGGGCGUGGCUUCUGUAAGCUCAUCAACAAUCUUGCAGAAGCUAGAUUCCAAGGAUUUCAUAGGCUUCCGAUCACUGUUUCUUGAAUACGUUAAUGAUCUCAACGAAUUUUCCAUGUCAAAAAACCAAAGGGAAGUACAAUCGAUCGCUGAGAAGUUUUAUCCGUUUCUAAUGGAUUCCUUUGGAAUUCUUCACAAACACUUGGAGAACAUCUUCAAAUCCAGCAAAGACAAGGAGAUCCUCGCGGAACUGGUGAAGGUAUACAAAAUGUGCUUGGAUUGCUUCGACAAAGUGGCCCCUGCGAUGCAGCAACGCAAGCCGUAUGUAGCGGAGUUUGAGAGACUAAAUUUUAUCAAGUAUCUCGAGAAGUUCGGUUACAUAUCAGAAGCGGAAACCGAGUCUAUAAGCUUGUCCAAGACGCUUCAAGACUCGAGUAAACCGACAGAGAGGAAGAGUAGGAAGCGUAUACGUGCUGAUCAGGAUAAAUGUUUGGGUUCUUUAAUAGUUCAAAAUGCUGUAUUAAUGGUGAGUUUGACGGCGGCAUUGGGAGCCGAUGACAAUGACGAUGUCGGUGAUAGCCGCUUCAGGUCUUUGCUUUGUUUGUUGGAAGAAAUGAGGCCGUGGCUAAGGAAAAUAGAUACAACUGAGAAUUUGCGCAUCAAGUUGGUGGAUGAUUUGUCUCGUAACGCCUUCAAAUUGUUGAGAAGAACAAAUUCUGACGAAGAUUUGAUAAUUUCCUUCUGCCGUGUGACACUUACUGAGUAUGUCAAAUCUCCAAGAAAAGAUAAAGUCUACGAGAUUGCCCAAAGCAUGUGCUCCUUACUGUUUGAACUGCAUAAGAAUAAACCGAAUUAUAUUGCUAAUGUACUGGAUGUUAUCCUGGAUUGUGUUCUUUCUGAGUGCCAGCUUGGAGAGGGAAAUGCUGGAACAAGGUUUAUUGAAACUGUAUAUUUUUGUGUACGGAGUGCUACAGAAGCAUGUACUCGUCGUACAGUUGCAGUAUGUCUGAACAGAAUAGCUGAACAUUUUAAACAGGUUAAUCCACUCAUUUUUUCAAUAUUGAGGCUUUAUGCCACUGGGUUGCUCCUUGAUGAUUCUACCUCUCAGUCCAGAAUUGGAGAUCCUGCAUCCACCAGAAGUUUGAAGUUUGACUGUCAACUUGGAAACUUACUUAAACAACAGAACGUGCUGCAGACUUCCUUAGAUUCGCUUUGUUCUGUCGCUGAGGCUUCACUGACUUACCUUCCAUUUUGUUCCCACCCAUUGAGAUUCUUAUGUUUACCUCUUGCUAAUUCAAUUGAUGAAGAAAUGUCUCAGUUUGUUAAUAAAGUGGUGGAUGCUUCUGUUGAAAAACUUAUGUCCACAGUGCAAGAUCAAUUCCAUAUCCUUUGCAAUAGUAUUCUAUCUAGUCCAAGCUUUACAUCUGAAAAAAACACCAACGAAUUUGCAGAGAAAUGUCAAACAGUGAUUAGUGUAGCUUUAGCAGCCUACACUAUUUCAAUCAGAACAAAUCUUAAAGUCCAGGAGAGCAGUAAGUUAGUUAAGCAAAUCAUAGCCAGCAAAUGGCUAACAUAUGAAAGCAUUUCAAAGAUAUGUGGUUGUCUCAACGAAAUUUUUGUCAUUUUGUUCGCAGACAAGCAUAAAAAGGCUUUAAAGGUUCUAAACCUGUAUUGUACAGCAUCAUGGAUCACGAUUGAAUAUCACUGUUCGAAGCUAACCAGUGGGGCAUUGAAAGAGUUGGUAAAUAACUCUUGCAAAAGAAGCACUGAACUUUUAGAUGCUCCUUAUGACAUCAAUCCUAGAAAGAUAAGAAAAAGACUGAUUGAGAUCCUUAAAAGCUGGUACACUGCCAACAGUCUAUCUAAGGAUUUGCCACCUCCUAUGUUUGUAAUGAAGUGGCUGAUGAAGAUAAAACAGGAACAUGCUAAGCAUAUAAAAGAGGGAGUGGAUUCAUGUUCUACCGAAUUCUCCAACAAGAACGUUAGCUUCAUCCUGGAGCAGGAACUUAUAUCAUAUGAGGCAGAGAGUCUAGAACACCCAAAACAUUCUCAGAAAAUGCUGAUGAAAAUUACGAAGAUCCUCCUGCAAUACAUAUAUAUCACUGACGAUUUGAAAAGAGCCCAGGCCCUACUAAGAAGGGGAAAAGCAUUAAGGAUUUGUACCACUGCUAGUCAUGAUGACUGCAUUCAGUGUCUCACCGAUGCAAUAACUAUCAUGAAGAAUUAUGGUGAAAUGAGUGCCAACAAAAACGUUAUUGAUCAUCAGUUGGCUGUGGCCUAUUGCCUACGUGCUUUAUCUACCCAGGAAGCUGAACCAAAAUCGGUGCUUGCUUUGUACAUUAAACAGCGAAUCUCUGAAGAUGUUGAGAGUGCAUUGGAUCUGUGGUUGGACAUUUCUCGUUUUGAUUUCCCUGAGGACAGAGAGCGUUCUCAACCGUUUGAUAGUAUUAUGGUUCUGCUCUACAACACAAUUGAUUUAGUUCAACUCAAGGGUUUCUUGAAACUCUCCAAGAAAGCAUAUCAGAUGGUGAUUAGAAUCUUUAAACGGAAGUUCUCAACUGAGAAGUGGUUGACCUUACUAUGGGAAAGUAGAAGGCUAAGACAUGCCCUUUGCGCUUCCCCGAUCAGUGAUGCAUUUAUCCAGUCUUCACUAGACUUAGUUAAUGAACUUUCAAAAGUUGACAUCUGGACAAGUCACCUUCGAGAAAAUCCUAUACAAUUAAUAGGUUUUCAGCAGAAUUUCUCAUUUUUGUUUGCUAGUUCAGAUACAGAUUCUUCCUGUUAUGAAGCCUGUUUUCAAAGAAAGAUAACAAUUGAUGAUGUUAAAAGCGCCGCAGAGAAACUUUCAAAUGAUUCUGUUCCACUUCAUUCUACUUUUCUUCGCGGGAGUCUGUAUUAUGAUUUAUGCUCAUGGCUCGUUGCAAAUGGACAAUUAAGAGAGGCUCUUUCAUUAGCUAAAGAAGCCCGAAACUUAUAUGUUGGACUCUGCAAAGAGAAAUUUGGGGACAACUUCAAGAAAAAUAGAGUGAAUGAAUCAGUUGCCAGGAAGAUUGCACAAUUUGAUAUAGAACUGUGGGACUUCAGCCAAUGUUAUUUUAGUCCAUGGAAUAGUAUGCAAUGUUAUCUUGAGAGUACUCUUCAGGUAGGACUUAUCUGCAAAAUUAGUGGAGAUGCAGAGUUGGCCAAAGCUUAUUUCCUGGACGGGAAAGACACGUCUUACUCGUUACAUUUGCCUUCUUUCAUCGUUGCAUUUUGCUCCGAACUAGGAAAAAUUUAUAUUGAGAAAAGAGACUGGAAUUCUGCAGAAAAGGAACUUCAAAAUGCCAAGCAGAUUUUAAGGGAUAGCAAUACAACUUUAUGCUGUUCUAAGUGUAAAUUAAUCUUUGAAGUGACACUUGAUCAGUAUUAUGGAGAUUUGCAUCAAAGUAAAUAUAAGACCUGUGAAGUGAAGAGUUUUAGUUCCGAGCAUAUAUCUUUUUACGAAUCAGCUCUGGCUAAAUUAGAUCUUCCUGAGUGGAAAAAUUCUGUCAGCUGUCCUGAAGAUGGUAGUCUCAAAACAGCAGCGGUAGAUGUCAUCUCUGCAGGGACUUCUUGUAUUUGCUUUACAAUGAACGAAGCAGCUCAAAAUGUAAUAAUGGAACCCACGAAAGAAGGUAGCUGGCAUUGGCACUGUAUUGCAACCGAAGUUUUAGAAGGCAGACUUCUUAGCGAUUUUAUAAACUUUAAAUGGGAGUUUGUCCGGAGGAAACUUUCGAUGAAGCUGCUCGCUCGAUUAGUGAGAUGCUUUGCAUAUGUUGGAGAUGAGACACAGAAAAUUCUUUUGAAGAGUACGACAAUGCUUCACAGUAAAAACACAUUCAGUGAAACAAAUUCAGCGAUUGCCAUAGAUUAUUUUCAACAUAUAGUCCCAAAGGUGAUCCUGGGAGACAUGUUUGCGGUUGAACGUGCGGAGAUACUCAAAGAAAUAUGUUUGUACUAUUGGAAUAUCUAUAAUUCCAAGGCUACAACUACAAGGAAUAUUUUUCAGAAUGAAUCUUGCAUUAGCCUUAAAGAUCUAGCUUCUUGGCUGAUGGUGGCAUUUGUACUCUCCCGUGAGGUUCCCGAUAUUUUUCAUAAGGUGUCUCAGUUACUUGCUGUGACAUAUGUUGUUUCUGACUCGAGAGAGCAACUUUCUCUGCCAUAUAUUAGCAAAAGUUUGGGUGAAAAUGCUUGGGCUUCGUAUUUCCACCAAGCGUCCAUUGGAACUCAUGAUACUCACUCAUCUCGUCUAACUGGAAGAUGCAAGGGUUCAGAUAAAUCCAACAUAGGAGGGACAUACAACUUAUCCAGGCUUGUGCCUGAUGACACUGAAGUUCUUGCAGAAUGUGUAAAACAGUUUUUGGGUGAUCUUCCAUCUACAACAGUCAUCUGCCUGACUUUACUUGGACAUGAUUAUGCUAGUUUACUCAAGGAAUUUUCCCCUAGUGUUAAAGCAUGGAUACUGUUGUCCAGACUCACUUUUGAGAGUGAACCUAUAGUAGCAUUAUUGCCUUUGCAUCCUAUUUCAGAAGAUGUAAUUGAUCCGCCAAUACUUCCCAAGUAUAAAAUUUUAAGAGAUUGGUGGUGUCCAUGGGGUUCGACAGCCUUAGAUGAAGUAGUUCCAGCAUUCAAAAAUAUUUUAAAAGAGGAUUAUUCGCGAGAAUUGGAAGAAAAUACAUCUGAACAGCAGCAGCUGUGGUGGAACCAUAGGAAAACGCUUAAUCAACGUCUUCGUCAGUUGCUAAGGAGCAUUGAAGAAUCGUGGUUUGGAUCAUGGAAAUGCUUGCUUCUUGGAGAAUUGUUAAAUUGCAAGAAUUUUGAGUCUCUGCUUGAGCAUCUUGUGAAGGAGUUAAGAUCUGAAUGUAAAUUGGAAGUUAACGAGGGCCUCGUUAGAGUUAUUCUUGGAGGAACCAGACAUGUUUGUGGACGAGAAAAGCUAAAGUGCAAGAAAGACUGCUAUAUUGCUAAAGUAGGCCAUUGUGAUCAAGGAAUGAGUGGGAUAUUAUUAAAUGCCGCCGAUGGUUUUGGGGUGUCAUCUGAUAAAGCUUUUCAACUGUUGAAGCAUGCGUUGAUUGAGCUGGACGCAGAUAAGAAUAGUAAAAGAGAGCCAAUUAUUCUUGUGUUAGAUUAUGAGGUGCAGAUGCUUCCGUGGGAAAACAUUCCCAUACUUAGACAACUUGAAGUAUACCGGAUGCCUUCUGUCAGCAGCAUCUCUGCCUUGGGUGAUACAGGAAGCAGAUCCCAAAAGGAAGCUGGAAGAAAAUGUCCCUCAUUUCCCUCAAUAGAUCCUCUGCACGCCUUCUAUAUACUAAAUCCAGAUGGAACCGUCCCUGAAUGUCAAAAUGAAUUUGAGAAUUGGUUUAAAGAGAACAAUUUGAAGGGGAACACAGGUUUGGCACCAACCCGAAAAUUAUGGGCUUCUGCAUUGGAGAAGCACGACCUUUUUAUAUACAUCGGGCAUGGAAGUGGAACAAAGUACUUUAGCUUGGAAAAUUUUCAGCAUCUAAAUAAAUGUGGUGCUGUGGUGUUGUUAGGGUGCAACAGCGGUACCGUUUACUUGCAGGGUAACUGUGCACCGCUAUGUAUUCCCCUGCAAUAUCUUGCAGCCGGUUCUCCGGCUAUUGUUGCUAAUUUGUGGAAAAUAUCAGCAAAAGAUAUCAGUACAUUUGGUAAAUACUUGCUCCAGGCGUGGGUCAAGAAAAGAUUUGAACUUGAAAAAGAAUGCCCUAACAACUGUGAUCACCCACCAACACUUGGAGCUUUCAUAGGUCGUGCACGGGAUGCUUGCGAACAAGAAUUUAUGACAGGUGCAGCACCUGUAUGCUACGGUGUUCCUACUCGGAUUUGUGUGAAGAAGAGAGUUUCGUCCAUGGCCACUUGAUACUCGUUGACUUAAUCAUCAAAUCUUAGUGAGUGGUAAGGGUCUUGGGUAUUAUUUUGCUCGGGUGGUUGGAUUUUUGGAGAUAUGUGUAUGUUCUUUUUUGGUAUUAUAACGCGGCAUCAAGCCCAAAAGGAAACAGAAAGACUAGAAAUUAAGAAUUAAUCGAAGUAAAGAACCUGUGGUACAUUUUUUCUCUUUA